AGGUUGUCGCCUGACAAGUUGUGAUUUCUGUAGGGAAAAUGGGGUUCCUUGUAGUGUCUCUUUGGUAUAUGUUUGUUCCAGUUUGGCUGUCGCUUCUCCUCCCCUCGACACAAGAAGGUCAAGCAGAGGAAGGCUGCCAUGAGUAUUUGACGAACUUUGCAGGCGUAGCGGCGAACUUCACCUCGUGUGCUAUACAGCAUUCUCGUCCUUUCCAGUUUUGCUGCAAGUGUCAGAAGGCCUAUGUCUCAGCAGUUAACAAGUACAGGGCUAUUGUACGCAACAAACAUUGCUACUCUGACCUGGUAAUGGCUGAACAGCAUCAGAUUGUGGAAUCUGCCAAUGGUUUUGUGGCAAAUCUUUGGAAGAGUUCUCACUGUCCAGAUUGCUUCCAGGAAGAUGGUGGAUCUGUAAAAGAAGAGAUUACUGAGUUUUUUGAAAAGUGGGAAGCUGUACAGCACUGUUUCUUAAACAAUUCUAGGAUCCACUUAAUUCCUGUGCCAACAAAUGGUUCAUAUCACAACAUAUCAGGACUGCAAAGUGUGUGUGAUGACUGUAGAAAUUCAUACUCUUACCUGGAGGAAUCCUACAAGAAAAUAGCCAGGUCUGACACUGAAGAAUUCAAAGUUUGUGCAGAUGUGUCUGCUUCUAUGAAUUAUACACGACACCGCUGGAGCAACACUUUUCACUGUGUCAAAAUUCAAAAUGAUCUGGUCUCUGUGGUGGCCCUUACAGUGUUUUUCUGCUUUCUUCCUGUUAUAUUUUACUCUGCUGUUAGACUGCAAGGUACCUCAAAUGACAGGAAAACAAAAAAUAUGAGAGCUACUCUGACCUGAAACUCUCAUCCAGAUGUUGAACAGCUAAAAUAUUCAGAGUUCAAUGUUGACUUGACCAAGUAUUGAGAUCACUGAGGUUGCUUCACCCUGUACAUCCCAAUGAGAGGGUUGCUUGUGGGUUAGAGGAAAGAAAAGAGUUUGUGAGCUGCCAGGACAUCCAGUCAAUUGAAUCUUGAACUGAGCUAAAUUGAUCCUUAUGGGUCCAAUAAUGUGCAAAAAAAGUGUCUUGAGAAAACUCAACUGGAGGAUAAACAAUGUAAAAAGGAAGGGAAAGACCCCCAUUCUAAAUGAAGACAACGAAAAACGAUUGAAAAUCACUAAUAAAUGAAAUAAAUAACUUGCAUGGUAUGUAUUCACAAGUGCAUGCUACACCUUCAAAACUUGCCAAGAUUUCCUCAAGAAAUCUGUGAACAUCUCUCCUCUGAUAGUUCCACUCACACUUAAGAAUGUCUCAAAAGAAACUUAGAAUCUUCUUGCAAAUUUUGUUAUUUGGAUUACUUUUGAGGUUUAUCUUACCAAAUCAUAAAAAACUGAACAAAACAAAUAACAAAAUAAAGCUUUUUGGCCAAACCAAGAGGACAAUGUGACUAGUAGAGUUUUGCACGAAUUUUGGGAUUAGAAAUGCCAAAUCAUAUCUUUGUAAAUUUAUUAUGUACAUCUUUUCAAUAGAUGGGUGGUCUGUCUAGCAUGGGGUCUUGACUCUUUUACGGACUAUCCCUAUAGCAUUUCUUUUUUUUUUUUCCUUUUUCUCUCUCUUUUGUUUACUAUGUUGCCAUUGAAUUAUUAAAAUAAAAAUCUUAAUGUAAUAGAAAAAUCCGAGCCCCAGAUGGGACUGGCUCGGAUUUAACAACUAAUUAAUUAACAAUUAAAAUUGUUUCAUCGUUACAUGCUCGCUUUGGAGGUUGGUUGGCCGCAUCUUGAUAU